AUGUAUGCUACCAUGGGAUAUAUCGUCCCGGAGUACUUCAAGUUCCCCGGCUUCUUGAGCCCAUCGCUUGGACUCAAGUUCAGCGACGUCCCGAACGGCCUGGCCGCCCUCUCCAAGAUCCCGGUGUUGGGAGGUGCCCAGAUCAUUGCCUUCUGCGGCCUCAUCGAGACCACGGGCUUCUUCCAGGCCGCGUCUACCACGGAUGGUCGUGGACCUCGCGAGGGCCAGUUCGCCAUGAAGGACUCGACGGAGGCAGCUGAGCCGGGCAACUACGGCGUGGGCUUCCCCACCUUCCUUGGCAAGGUGGAUGACCCCGAGACCCGCAAGAGCAAAUUGGCCGCCGAGUUGGCCAAUGGCCGCCUGGCCAUGAUGGCCAUCAUUGGCAUGUUCUUUCAAGACGGGCUGACUGGCUCUGCUUGGGGAGACUGG